AUGGGAAGGCUUUUGGCUGACUUGUUCAUUCUCCUGCUGAUUUCUGGGCACGUUCAUGGAGUUUCCUUCUAUGGCAGAAGCUACAUUCACCUGCAGACAGUGGAGAAGUCCAUUCAGACGUUAAUCCAUGUACGAUUUCAAACCUCCAGCCAGUCCGGGCUGCUGUUUUUAGCUGCAGGAAGCAGAGACUUUUGGCUUUUGGAGCUGAUCUCUGGACACCUGCAGGUGCGCCUAAACCUGGGCUCAGGUGAGCGUUUCCUGCGCUCAGAAAAGGGCAUCCGUCUUAAUGAUCUUGUGUGGCACACAGUGGACCUAAACCACACACACCACAAUAUCAGCAUGAUAGUGGACCGAACCUCUCGCACAAAUCUCCAAAUGCCAGGACCAGAUCUGGAGCUCAGUGUUGAAGAUGGGCUCCUCGUUGGUGGGACCGCCAGACUGAACCACCCGUACCUUCGAAAUAUCACAACUGGGUUUAGAGGUUGCAUGGAUGAAUUUGUCUUCAAUGAUCACAACCUACUGUCCAAUCUCAAGCAGAAAUCUGAAUACAAAAGCAUCCACGAGAUAUCUAUGGGUUGUAGUCCACAGUUUUCAGCAACAGAAGAAGAUCCUGUGAAUUUUUUCAGCUCUAAAGCCUUUAUUUUGCUCCCACGAUGGGAAGUUCUUCAAGAGGGGACAUUCGAAUGUGAACUGUACACCUCCACAAAAGAAGAAAAUGGCAUGGUCUUGUAUAGCUCUGGAAGUGAGGGAGGGUUUGUAACCAUUGAGAUAAGAGAUGGUCACCUAGUGGCUUCAGUUGGAAAUGGAAGAGAGAGUAAAACUGAGUUGCGUUCCUUGACACGUGUCCACAGCAACCAGUCCUGGUACACCAUCCAGCUGCACUUGCUGCCUCAUAGUGUCCAGCUGAAAGUAGGUAAGGAGUUGGUGAAGGCCAGCCUGAGUCAGGAGCUUCAGGGCAUCCAACUCCAUGGGCCUUUCUUUCUUGGAGGACUAAAUGCUGAUGCACUAGAAAACACAGGAUUGCCUUUUGUGCCAUUAAAAGGAAGAGUAGAAGGCUCCUUUAAAGGAUGCCUUCGAAACAUUAGAGUAAACUCUCAGAAAACUGGCUUACCUCAUGCCAUAGUCACCAAAGACAUUACUGUGGGCUGUAGCAUAGGGCAAGCUCCAAAGACAGUGAUCAUCUUAAACCCAACAGAUCCUCCUGAGUUUGAUCCAACAGCCACACAGGAAGUCAGCCAGACUGUUUUGUUGAUACGAACACUGGAAGUAGCCGAAGGAGGUCAGGUCCUGCUGGAACCCAAACAUUUAAAGGUGAGUCUGGAUUUCCGUAAACUUGGGAUCUCUCCAUCACAGUUAGUGUUCCGCAUAGAGGAGCAUCCGGUUCACGGCCAGCUCCGUCUGAACCUCGGUCCAAAUCCAGAUAGGUUGCCUGAUGAAAAGCAGGAGAGAAAUAUUACAGUGGGCGCAGAGGAAAAGGAUUGGACGUUCAGUCUGCUGGACUUGAAGCAGGGCCGGGUUAUGUACGUCCACAGUGGCUCAGAGGGCACGAGUGACUUCUUUACAUUUUCAGUUUUCUCCAGCAAUAAGAAGGAGCUUCCAAUGUUUCUGAAGGACAAUCAUCUGCACCGGUUUGAUAUCAGCAUAAGUCCCGUUAAUGAUGCUCCUCUCCUUAGCUUGCCUCAGGGAAACCUUUUUACUCUGCUGGAGAAGUCCAAACGAAAGUUGACAACAGAUGUGCUGAGUGUGUCAGACCCAGACAGCAGUUCUGAAGAGCUGUUUUUCAGCUCCAUGGGUAACCUCAACGCUCAAGCUGGGUACCUUGAGCACCAUGAUUACCCUGGCAGGGUUAUCAACUUGUUCUCUCUAAACGAUCUGCAGGAGGGUAAGAUUAGCUUUGUGCACACUGGAGUUUCUGCCUCCAGGCUGGCACUCAGGGUCAGUGACGGGCAAAGGGUGAGCAACACAGUAGUUUUAAGGAUCAUUGUAGUAAAACUUGAAUACCGACUGGUGAACAAUACUGGACUAAAGGUAAACCAAGGCGAAGCUUCCAUCAUUACCACUGGUCACCUUGCAGUAAGUGUUAAUGUGGCAGAUAACACUGUAGAUAUCUGGUAUGAUGUCACAGAGUUGCCCAAAUAUGGUGAGAUUCAGAGGCUACACUCAAGUGGUGACUGGAAAUCAACUACCUUCUUCUCACAAAAACUUUUAGAGAGGAAAAAGAUCCAAUAUGUAAGCACCUACCAUGGCAUCCAGACGCAGAACAUCACUGAUCACUUCAAAUGUAGGGUUAUCAUUAACUCUCAACCCAAAGAGGAGGUUGUAUUCCCCAUAGAGGUACAGUGGGUUCAGUUGAAGGUGACACGAAGCAAGAUGGAAAUCAACGGCCUUGAGACUGCUGUUCUUACUUCUGAAGACCUCCAUGUGAUUUCUAAGGGUGUUAAACUCAGUGAGGGCAAUAUCUUCUUCCGGCUGCUGACGGUACCAAAGAAAGGGCAGCUGUUCCUCAACCGAAAGCUUCUGCAAAGGAACUCAACCUUUAGCCAGAAGAACAUCACGGAUGGUUUGGUGAAGUACGAACUCUUCAACAGGUUGCACGAUGACACAAGAGACUCCUUCAGCUUUCAGGUGUUUUCGUUGCACGCCGCCUCCACACCGUAUGACUUCAGAAUCAACAUCAAAGCUGAGUCGACUGCCAUCACCAUCGUGAACAAAGGUCUUUCCAUAUUGGAAGGAGCAAGCAAAGUCAUCACUAAGGACGUUUUGUUCACUCACACAGCGAGUACUCUGGAGAUCUAUUACAACGUUACAGUGAGUCCGAAAUAUGGGCAGAUACGAAAGAUCAACCUGUCCAACUCAACUUCAAUCAAUGACAACGUUGUGAAGUUCACAAAUCAAGAUAUCACUGAGGAGCGGAUCAUGUACGUUCACGAUGACAGUGAGACCAAGCAGGAUCGCUUUAUGUUUCAAGUUAUUGUUUUGAAACCACACAAACACACAAACAAGAAAGAGGACAUAACCACAGUGGAACAAGCCUUUAAUAUUUCUAUACAGCUCGUCAAUGAUCAGCGACCUGUUAGGGUUGUGGAUAAAAUUUUCCAUGUGGCUCGUGAUGGACAAAGGCUGGUGACGUUAAAUGAUCUAUGCUACCGUGAUGAUGACUCUGACUUUGAGGACAGCUGGCUGGUCUACACACGGAGGGGCAUUCCGAUGGGGGAGUUGGUGCUGGCCAGUGAUCCCAGUCAUCGGCUGUACGAGUUCACGCAGCGUGACAUCGAGCAGAAUAAGUUGUUGUUUAUCCACAGCGGGGUGAGUUUAGGACGUUUUGUCCUUUUCGUAACAGAUGGGAAACAUUAUGUUUCAGCUCUACUAGAGGUGAUGGCACAGGAUCCGUACCUGCAAGUGGAGAACAGCACUGGUUUAAUGGUCCAGCAGGGUGGCAUAACAUCCCUGACUUCUACUAAUCUCAGUGUCACCAGCAACCUUGACAUCCGAGACCCCCAGGAGGUGACGUUUGAGGUCUUUAUUCCACCUAAACAUGGAGUGCUCUGCUUCAAUGAUGGACUGAGGGAGACCAUAAUAGGAACAGAUGCCAUUUCAGUGUUCACCCAGGGAGACCUGGUGGCAGGGCGCUUAGCGUACCAUCACAGUGGAAACAAUGAGCUGUUGGAUGUCUUCAAUGUGACCGCAAGAGCAAGAGAAAGGAGCACAGAAAGGCGUACAGAAAGAGGGAGGAGGGAAGUACACCUGGAUAUCGGCGUGCCUGUAAAAGUGUACCUGGAGAGUCAUCAGAGACCUCCGACUGUGAAAAACAACCAUCCAGUUGUGGUGGAAGAGGGACAAAACGUCUCUAUAAGUAGGGAACAUCUAGAGGUGGUGCACCCGGACAGUCAGCCCUCAGAGAUGAUAUUUACGGUCUUAAACUCUCCUGCAGUGGGCAUCAUUUAUAAAUUAUCUGCUGGCAAAAAGGAUCAUCAUGUAAAAGGAGAAAAGCAGCACCUACAUAAGUCCUCUGUCCGGGAUAUCAAGGAGCACCCUUUAACAUCCUUCACCCAAGAGGAUCUCAAUCAGGGAUUAAUCAUCUAUGAUCAUCAGGCUGCAGGAUACUGUAAUGACUCUGUUCUGUUGGAGGCAACCAAUGGGGUAACAAAGGUUGGCCCGAUCAGACUGCUCAUUGAUAUCAUACCAACCCUUCUUCCCUUACAGGUGUCUAACUUGAUCCUUGACGAAGGCAUGUCCCAGCCUCUCACUUCUGAGAUCAUCAAGGUUGCAAGUCAUCACUUCUCAGGGAUGAAUUUUUUGUACCAAGUAAUCGUUCCACCAAGAUUUGGACACUUGGAGCACAGCCGGAUUCCAGGGAUGCCUAUCAAUGCUUUUACACACACUGAGGUAGAACAUGAGUACAUCUCCUAUGUUCAUGAUGGCAGUGAGACACUGACGGACAACUUUACCAUCAUGGCCAACCAGACAGAAUUAAAAAAGCACAGCCUGCCAUGCAUCAUUCACAUCAAUGUCUCACCAGUCAAUGAUGAGACUCCUGUCGUCACAACCAACCAAGGCCUGAAGGUGUGGGUGGGUUCAGUAACAGAGAUAACCACAAAUGAACUGAGUGCAGAAGACUCUGACACACCACCUGAGGGGCUGGAAUUCAUUAUCACACCCCCCAGCAAUGGACACUUGGCUCUGAAGAGUGCUCCCUCCCGACACAUUCUGAACUUCACCCAAACUCACAUUCAAAGCAAACAGAUGGUGUUUGUACACAAUGGUCCAUUAUCAGGUGGUUUUCACUUUCAGGUGAAUGAUGGAGUGAAUGUUGCUCCUCGUCAGAUCUUCAGCACAACUGCUCAUGCUUUGGUUCUCUCCUUGCAGAGAAACCAUCCCAUGGAGGUCUACCCAGGCUCUGUCACACUGAUUUCAGACCAGGAGCUUCAGGUUGUAACAAACAACAACAGUGACAUCAAAAGAAACCAGCCUGUAACAUAUGCUGUGACUUCUCCUCCUAAACUCGGCCGCCUUGUCCAACGAAUGCAUGACAACUCUUUCAGAAAUAUUUCUACAUUUACUCAGAGCAUGGUGAAUGAUGGUGUUAUACUGUAUGAUCAGAACAAGCCAGAGACAGUCGGGUGGUCAGCAUCAGACUCUUUUUCUUUCACUGUAACUUCUCCGCCUGCUUUUCUUCCUCCACACACUUUUUCCAUCUUAAUUUCCUACCAAGCUAAUGAGCAUCAGGGCAACCCUCAACACAAGACCAGACUUCUGAACAAUGCAGGUGCUGUGGUGAAAGAAGGAGGCAGUGUGACAAUUGAUCGUUACAAGUUGGAUGCUUCUUAUCUGCUGGGUAAUGUUCCAGAGUCCCAGAGAAAAAAACACCAUGUCAUGUAUCGAGUGAUUUCUCUGCCCCGACAUGGAGUGCUGUCUAUACAGGGACACCAUCUCACCAGAAACCAACCAGAUUUCUCCCAAGCUACCCUGAACAAGUUUGGCAUCACAUAUGUCCAUGAUGACUCGGAGACGACAAGCGACAGCUUCACUUUUAGGGCCUGGGCGGCUCCUUUCCACCACUCUUCCUCUUCCCAAUCAUCACCCAUGUCUGUUUUUUCCUUGGAUUCCUCGUCGUCUUUGUUAUUUUCCCCUCUUCAUUUGGCAUCAGCAUCCUCCUUUCCAUCACUUGGCAAUGUUUCUCAUCGUCAUCCUGUGAAAGACCGAGUGACUGUGACAGAGACAUUUAACAUCACAGUGACGCCGGUCAAUGACCAUCCACCGUUGAUCAGAAGCAGAGCACCCAGUAUGAAAGUUGUGGUUGGAGAAAGAGUUGUUCUUGGACCAGAUCAUCUUCAGGUUGAAGACCAUGAUACACCACCAGAGGAGCUGCACUACUUUGUAAUCAGCAAGCCCAACAAUGGUUACCUGACUUUGGGAGAAAGACCAGAAUCAGUCACCUCUUUUACUCAGUAUGAUGUCAACCAUGGCCGACUACAUUUUAUUCAGCAGGGUGAAUCCUCAACAGGAGUUUUCUAUUUCAAUGUUACUGAUGGUCAUCACCGUCCGGUCUACAAAUUGUUUAGCUUAGAGGUGAUUAAACCCACUGUAUCCAUGGUGAACAACACUGGGCUGUCAUUGGUUCAAGGUCGCACCGCCGUUGUUCUGACAACCAACCAGCUGGCAGCUCAAACCAAUGGUCAAAGACAGGCCAACAUCUCCUACACGGUUACCACACACCCCUUUCAUGGACGCAUUGCUAUAAACGACCAAGAGGUGAUCACCUUCUGCCAUGAGGAUCUCCAGUUUGGUCAUGUGGUUUAUCACAUGACAGAUCUUAGUGCAUCAGAGGACAGCUUUCAGAUCUCAGUGUCAGCAUCAUCUCUUGGUGUAGAUUAUGGGACUUUACCAGGGCAGACCGUGAAUGUGACUGUGCGACCUCUGGUCUACUUGAGAGAACCCAUUAGAGUUCCAAGUGGCAUUGCUGUGAAACUGGGGAAAGCCAUGAUUGAUGCCUCCGACUUGGCCAGAAUAAGUAGAGUCAACCCAGUUUUUGAGGUUCUGUCUCCACCAAAACAUGGGAAACUAGUCAAGAUUACCUAUGACCUUGACGAAGCGGCAGAGGACCUGAAGACAUUUACGUUCAGAGAUGUUGUUCAAGGCAGAGUUGCCAUCGAAGAGACCCUCAGUGACUCUGACAACCAGCUUAACAUUAAUGAAUCCAGAGUCACAACAGCUCGAGGCAAUGCACCUGCCACACCUCUCAAUGAUUCCUUUACCUUCUUGUUGAAGGCUGGAAAUGUCCAGCCAGCAAAGGGCGAGCUUCACUUCACCAUUUUUCCCCAUCGCCAAAUGCGUCAUGGCUCAAGAAUUUCAAAUAAAGUGGAUACUAGUAGUUCAAGUCAUGAACGCACGACAACCCGUUUCCAGACACACAACAGGACUACAACAAGAGGUGGACAAGGAACAUCUGUAACAGACGGUGUGGCCGGGGAUGGUUUGCAACCUCACAUUUUGUCACAAAGAAAACAAAACAAGACCCAGCAUAAGGUGAAGUCUCAUAACCGCUCGGGGAACCACACACGCAGCGGGACCCAUGGAGGGAGAUCGGGGAUCAUUCCAGAGGGAGCAGAAAAGGGCAGCAGUCAUACCCCACAACCUCACACUCCUCCUGUCCCAGAGACACACACUCCUAUGAACCAUCCAAACACAGACCUGGUUCAUGUUCAGAUUCUCCCUCGCCCUUCCUCUGAUCCACUUCUUAUUAUCUUGCCACUGCUGGCCUGUUUGCUUCUCAUCAUAAUCCUUGUGGUUGUGAUCCUGGUGUUCCGCCACCGCAAAGAGAAACAGGCUCGGCAGCAGCUAAUGCAAGAACUGGCUGCAGUGCAGUUACCCACGGAGGACAGCCUUUACCUGGGACGGCCAGAACGCAGUAUGGCUAUGCCCAAUGUGAUGGUCACCCCACUUGGCUCUGCAAGCUGCCCAACUUCCCCCAGGAUACCAUUGAGUCCGAGGAGGAGUCUGGCUCCUGGAAUGACCUUCUGGGGGCCAUUUGAAUCUGAUUUAUUGGGUGGAGAUGGACAUAUUAGAGGGUUUGACAAUAAUGAAAGAAACAAUAAUACUUGUUGUAAUUCACCACCAGAUUCUCCUGCUGUAUUCACCUGGAGAUCUCGGUCCUCUAUUCCAUCUCUUAAAGACAAUCAGUACUGGGUUUAGGAAAAUGUAACUUUUAUAUAAACUGUGCCUUAGAGGUGUAAUGACUGAGAAUGAUACUGUAUAUCUGCUUUUU